AUGUUGGAAUGCCAGAACUGCGGCGCCGUGGGCGACUCGUUCUUUAGCGAGAACUACUUCGGCGAGAUGGUGUGCGAGUUGUGCGGCACGCAGAGUUUUCUACAGGCGCGUAACGAGACGCAGGAAGCCGAGGACAUGGGCAUGGACAUUACGACUGUACUGAAGACGCUCAAGCGCCGUGUAGUUAAGAAGAAGCGAAAUGCAAACGAGACUGUGAUUGGUGAAGAGAGAAAUAAACGAUUGAAGACGAAAGAGCACGAGAAAGAGAAGAAGCUGCCAGAGCUGCUGGACUGUGUUAUCGCCACGCAGAUGGUACUGGAUUCCAUGGCUCGAGCGCUCAUUGAGCGUGUGGGGACCGACACAUUCCCUGCUGAUGAGUACCCGAAGGCAGUUAAGGAGUUAUGGUUCAAAUUCUUAAAGACCUGGGGAGUUAAGGGCGCCAAGCCGUUGUUACGCUGUUAUAACGAGUUUUUCCUGUUCUACUCCAAGGAAGAGGAGAAGAGCAUGGACCCAGCUGCAACGUUUGACUUGUUGGAGCAGUGGGAUGCAGAAUGGGAGAAGAAAAACGAACAAGAUGAAGUAAAAGAAGAAGAACACAAACAGGCAGAAGAGAAAAAAGAGAAGACAGGCGAGAAACCUCGGAAGAGAGUCAAACUUAGACGUCGCAAGUUCGACGAGCUCAACAUGUUCUCCAUUGUGGACUUAGUGGGGAUCUUGGUGCUCGCCUCUCGUGUGUUAAAUCUGGGCUUACUGCCAAGUGAUUUCGCAGAAUGGGUCACCACAGGAGUGAUCCCGUACCACAAUUCGCUGGCCGCGUGUUGCGCAGACGUCCCGGACGUGCGAGAUUCCGUGAAGUUUGUUGCCGGUUUCUUCCAAUCUUUGAUGCUGCGUCACAGAGCGACUACCGUUCAAAUCGCCUACUCUGCCCACCAUCUUCAGUACCACAUGGGCCUACGUCUACCCCCGUUAAAUGUGCCACUUGCAGCUCACCGUAUCUGCGCUACAAUGGGGUUUCCUGGUGAAGUAUACCGCAAUUUCCAGUGGAUCACAGGCUUUAUGAACGUGGAAGGAGAGAUGACGGAGCUGCCACUGAUGCUACAAGCCGAAGUCGACGGCUACCCCAGAUUUAAGCUAAAACACACGAAGAAAGACCGAGCCAGAGUAGAUGCGAUUCUUGAGUCUGAGGUGGGGAUUGUAGCGCAUUUGAUUGUGGCGAUUAAAAUGUGUGCGAAUUGGCACGAGUGGAUCUACGAACGGAGUCACAAACAAGACGAAGAAACCAAGGAAAGCGAGGAAGUUAGAUACAAUGCACCUCCUGUUGCUGCAGUACACGACGCGCAUCUUCUCCCUCGACGUGCUCUCGAUACAUUUACGCAGUUCGCCAAGCAGGUUUUCAUUGAUCCGGACAAAUCUGCUGUACCUGAAGAGCUCCAGAUGCACAUUGAACAGCUAGAACGCAUCCAGACACGUGAGGAACCUGGAAACGAUCAGUGUGAGAGGCUCAAGUCGAAUGAUCUUUACGCGUAUCCAGCUAUUCACGUCGAUGGAGUUUUAGCUGAGAGUGACACGGAAAUUGAGGAGCGAAUGGAGCGUUUGAGAUCUCGAGAAGUUGACGGAGACAAGAAGAUGGACUCGUUCUUUUACCCAGUCUUUUACCAGACUCACCGAACUGCUCUACAUCCAGCAUACGAGCAUGUACUGGAGAUAUUGUGCAGGAAAGUCAACAUUCCAAUCGCCCAAGUUUUGCCCAUUCUGGCAAAGCUUGAUAAGCGGAUGAAGAGCUUAAUCUACCACUUCGAGCGCACGAAAUACCACACCGAGUUGCUUGAAGCAGGUCAAGCCAGAUGGAAAGCUACCAAGGCCAGUUUGGAGCCCACGAUCGUCAAAGCUUCAUAUCGUCUGCAGCGUCCCAAACGCGAUCAAGACGAUAGUAAUUUUGCCUUCUCGGAAAUGCUACGCGCCGAUGCGCCUUGA